AUGCCAAAGCGAGUCAACAAAGCAAUUGAGUUACUUGAACAAGAUCAGCCGGUCUAUUACACAGGCAGUCACACAGGUGCCAAUCUCACCUAUGAGGCUGGCAAGGAGAUGGCAAAAACAUGGGCAGACUACAUCAACCUCGGUAUGGAGCAUGGUCCCUUCGAUUUGGUGGGUCUGGAGAAUUUUAUGCGCGGGCUUGUGGACGGUGGACCAACUAACAGUGGUCACCGGACGCCGGCGGUCGUCGUAGAGUUGCCGAUGGAUGGUUCCAGUCCUGAUGUCAUCCGAGCGAAUGCGUGGCAGCUCAGGCAGCUACUGGCGAUAGGUGUACAUGGUCUGCUCCUGUGUCAUGCGGAGUCUCCAGAAGCGGUGAAGGCAUUUGUCGAAUGCUGCCGGUAUCCGUUUCCAGACGAUUGGCGUCGGUACGCAACUGAACGUCGGACGCAGGGGUUCAGCAGGACAGGGAUCUGCAGCACCCAUUUGGGGCAUUUCUGUCGAUGA